AUGAAGCGCUUACAAGAAACAGUGGCGACUACGGAGUUGCCCGUACAGACUGAUAUUGAUAAGAAGAAGCGAGUUAAGAUAGAUAACUCUGGCACAUCAGAGGAAGAUGCUGAUAGCGAGGGAGAAGAGAGUAGCAGCAGUGAUAGUGAUAAUGAAGAAUUCAAUAGCAGCCAUCUCUUACCACGCCUUGGUAAAUGCGAAGUUUGCGCCGCUGUUAAUGCACGCUAUUGUUGCCCCAAAUGCGAGGUGAAAACCUGCUGCUUGCGUUGUGUGCAAAUACAUAAAAAGGAGCUCGACUGUGAUGGCAAACGUGAUCGCACCAAAUUCAUACCAAUUAGGAAAAUGACCAAGAUGGAUUUUAUGAGCGAUUACUACUUUUUGGAAGAAUGCACACGUUAUGUUAGUGAUCGCAAGCAGGAUACAAUCAAACGAUUCACACGUUACAAUAAAACAUUGCCAACACAUUUGUUUCGUUUGCGUGGUGCUGCUGCAGAACGCCAUACGGUGCUCCGAUUUUUGUUGCCUAAUUUUACUCGCCACAAAACUAAUACCACCUUCUUUGAUUGGAAUUUACGUAAAAUCUUUUGGCGCAUAGAGUGGGUGUUCGUCAAUGCGGGUGGUUUGCAGUAUGUAGACGAGCGUUGCGAUGAAGAUUUGAGAUUGGGACAGUUGUUGGAUAAAUAUGUGAAUUUAAAAAGCGCAGAAGUUGUGCCACAAAAGAAGGCUUUGGAAUACUAUCAAAGUGCAGGACUGAGCAAACUGAAGUUACUGCUAAAGGCGGAAGGUAUUAAGUGUUCGCGUACGCGCUAUUAUGCUUUAGAUGUGCGUAAAACAUUGAAAUCCAAUUUAGCGGGCAAAACAUUAGUAGAGUUUCCCUGCAUUUUCGUCAGCUAUGAGGAAAAUCCGGCGGGUUGUGAUAUUAUUGACAGCGAUGAAGACGUCGAAGCCGAGACCAAACGUCACGAAGCCACCAUAGAAGCCUUACACAAACAACGUUUAGUCGAGAGUUCAACAAAGGGUAAUAAUGCUGACACUGACGAGUUGCAAGCGGCGCAAGAUGCUGAAAAGCUGUCUAAUAUUUUAGCGGAGAAACGCCGUGAAGCACGCUCGCGCAAACGUGAGGAGUUUGAGAAAGCGCCCAACAAUUUCCUUUUCACUGACGAGCAAUUGUGGGAAAUGUUAUCGUCAUCAUCCUCAGGUGAAGAAACAGAAGAGGAGAACAGCAAAAGCUAACUAGCAAGUUAUGUCCAAACAAGUUUUGUGCAAAUUGACAUCAAUAUGUAUAUACAUACGUAAGUAGGUUUAAAUCA